UACUACGAGCGUCUCCCACAGGUUUCCUCCCAGGGGAAGAAGCAUGGCGCUGCAAAUGCAGAGCUCUUGUACGGCGUUGACCACCUCUUCCGCGAUCUCGAUAUUUUCACCGGCAGAUCUGCGCCUCGGUCUCCGGCCCAGAACCGUAGCGGUUCUGCCGGGGAAGUUACCGGCGUGGCGGCGUGUGUGGUGCAACGGUGGCGGAGAUGUCGGGAAGAAGAAGGCGGUGCCGAAUGCGAACUAUGUCGUGCCGUUGGAUAAGUUCUCGUCGUCGUCGUCGAUCACUCGGCCUCUGGUCGAGAUCCUUCGCGACCUUAAUAAGAAAAUCCCUGAUAAUAUCGUUAAGAGCAAUGAUCCUCGCUCCAACACCGGUUCCUCCGGUUUCAUUCCAUGGUACCAUGCGAAUCGGAUGCUCAGCUUUUACGCUCCUGGAUGGUGCGGGGAAGUUCGUGAUGUUAUCUUCGCCGAGAAUGGCAAUGUCACAGUGGUAUACCGUCUCACUAUUCGUGGCUCUGACGGUGAGGCACAUCGUGAAUCGACCGGGACAGUAUCAGCAAGUGACGAAGACAUCGAGGAUCCAGUUGCUGCGGCUGAGGAAAUUGCAUUCUGCAGGGCAUGUGCUCGGUUUGGUCUUGGCCUUUACCUUUAUCAUGACAAAUAGGCUCAACCCCCGGCUUAAAUUGAACAUUAGGUAUUGAAAAUAUACACUCAAAGUCGGUGAAAUUUCCAAAAGAAUGUGCCUUUCGAACUUAUGUUUCGAUCUCUGUAGGCAUUUCCUGCUUAGUUCUAGAGCAAAGUUAUGCACGUAAAACCCGAAAGAAAACGGUCGAGAGAAAAACUUUGAUGCCUGAGUAUGUUUAUAACCAAACUGAAUCUGUUAUAUGACAUUCUUAAAUAUGUGCAUUGCCAUGUGUUUGUAUCA